AGCAGUCUGAGGAUGCACUUGGUCACGAGUGUGAGUGUGAACACCUUCCGAGUCUGAUUCCCAUCUAAGAGCGACAAACUACUUUCCGGAUUUGAAGUUGUCUUCAAUCCGUAUAUAAAUCUUGCGCCUAAGGAGUCAUCAUGAGAUCUCGUGCUUUUGUGUAUAUAGAUUGUGGGACAUGAGAGCAGAUAUUUUCACUAGGGAGUAUAGAACAGAUGCAAUGUGCUUGCCUCAAGAGAUAUUUCAUCGAGCACGCCGUUACUGACUCGGUUGAGUCGCGAAUGGAUCAGCUGGAGGCAGGAGUGGAGCACCACAAGGCGCAGGUUAUCGAAGUGGAGAUGAGUCCUGCUCUUCCGGGCUCAACGCGCGUGAGCGUGGUGCAAGCGUCCACCAUCUUUUACGACACUCCUGCUACCCUGGACAAAGCGGAAAAAUACAUAGCCGAAGCUGCUGCGCUCGGUGCACAACUGGUUUUGUUUCCAGAGGCUUUUAUCGGUGGGUAUCCUCGUGUUGCUGCAUUUGGUGCCGUUAUCGGCAGUCGCUCUUCCAAGGGGCGUGAGGAAUUCCGCAAGUAUCAUGCCUCGGCUGUUGAAGUUCCAGGUCCCGAGGUGGACAGGCUAGCAGCGAUGGCAGGAAAAUUCAAAUUAGUCUUGAUCAUGGGCGCUAUAGAGCGAGAGGGUGGUACUCUGUAUUGCUCGACGCUAUGUUUUGAUUCACGAGGAGCUUAUAUGGGCAAACACCGAAAACUCACGCCUACUUGUUCUGAGAGACUCAUCUGGGGAUGCGGUGAUGGAUCUGAUCUGAAAGUUUAUGACACGCCUGUAGGUCGGAUCGGUGGAUUGAUCUGCUGGGAGAACAGGAUGCCCCUGGCCAGAACUGCGUUGUAUGCGCAAGGUUUAGGGGUUUACUGCAUUCCCGACAGCUGAUUCCAGGGAGAACUGGCAGGCGUCAAUGUUGCACAUUGCCAUGGAAGGUGCUUGUUUUGUGUUGUCCGCCAAUCAGUUCUGUCGACGGAAAGACUAUCCUCCUGCACCUGAGUACACCUUCGGAUUUUCUGCUGAAGAGGAGCCCUCACCCAAAACGAUUGUCUGUCCUGGUGGCAGUGUUAUAAUGUCCCCCUUGGGCAGGGUGCUUGCUGGUCCGCAUUAUGAAGGGGAAACGGUUCUUGCUGCAGAUUUAGAUUUGAGUGAAACCGUCAAAGCGAAGUUCGACUUUGACGUUGUAGGGCACUACUCAAGGCCAGAAGUCUUCAGUCUCACUGUGAGAAAUCAAGGUUACAAGCCGGUCAUAUUCACUUCAUAGUGAGAUGGCAAAUUACAAAUUCUAAGAGGGAUGACCAAAUCAUUCAUAUAUACAUGUACAGUAUAUAUGUAUAUAUCACAAUAUUAAUUCUGGGUUGGCUUUUUUUCUCAAUCGAUGGAAUCCGUUCAUCCUGAUCUCAUUGAAUUAGUUCUUGUACGAGGCAGCAAUACGAUGCUUGACCUUAAAAAAAAAGCAUCGAGAUUCUAAAUUAUUUGUCAUUGCAGCCCAAACUUUUGCACCUUCUGCAAUGGGAGAAAACAAAAUACGCCAUGAUACAUCUGAGCUUACGUAUUGGGGGGGGGGGGGGGGGGGGAAACAACAAUCAACUAAAAAGUCAGUGUUUACAUGUAUUUAAGUAGAGUUACAAAAAUAUGUUCUCGUGUAUGGGACGAAAGUGGAAAUGCCUCUGUCUGGAGGAGAAUGUCUUAGAACACUCUUGGAAUAUCAGCGCUAAAUCUUCUGCGCC